GGUUUGUUUUGUAAUGAGAAGCAGGAAUGCAAGGUCCAUGCUCUUAAUAAUAAACAAACAGGACAUUGUAUGGCAUCAUCACAGGAUGUCCUUCCUUCAACAGAGGACUGACUGGAGCUGGAGGAAUAGCCCGACAGGGCUCAGAAACGAGCCUCACUAAUCACCGCCUCUUACGCUAGCAGUUCGGUGUUCACUUUCUGCUCUGCUCACAGACCCUCCCGACCUACCUGUGCUGCCUGUGGGGGUGGAGGGGAGGAAGGCUGCCCCAACUUGUAGCUCCAGAGCUGUGAGGUUUCAGGGCUUGACAGAGGGGACUGAAGGGACCAUGAAAAUGGACAUGGAGGACGCGGAUAUGACUCUGUGGACAGAAGCUGAGUUUGAAGAGAAGUGUACAUACAUUGUGAAUGACCACCCUUGGGAUUCUUGCACGGAUGGAGGGACUUCUGUUCAGGCAGAGGCAUCUCUACCAAGGAAUCUGCUUUUCAAAUAUGUCAGCAACAGCAAAGAGGUUAUUGGAGUAGUGAGUAAAGAAUAUAUACCAAAGGGUACACGCUUUGGUCCACUAAUAGGUGAAAUCUACACCAGUGACACAGUUCCCAAGAAUGCAAGCAGAAAAUAUUUUUGGCGGAUCUAUUCCCGAGGUGAACUUCAUCACUUCAUCGAUGGUUUUAAUGAGGAGAAAAGCAACUGGAUGCGGUAUGUCAAUCCUGCACACUCUGCCCGGGAGCAAAACCUAGCUGCGUGUCAGAACGGGAUGAACAUCUACUUCUACACCAUUAAGCCCGUCCCCGCCAGCCAGGAGCUUCUUGUGUGGUACUGUCGGGACUUUGCAGAAAGGCUGCACUACCCUUAUCCCGGAGAACUGACUACGAUGAGUCUCACACAGACACAGAGCAACCCAAAGCAUCAGACCACAGAGAAAAGCGAACUGCGCCCAAAGACAGUCCCAAAGAGAGAGUACAGCGUCAAAGAAAUCCUCAAGUUGGACUCCCACCCUUCCAAAGGAAAGGACCUCUACUGUUCGAACAUUUCACCUCUCACUUCAGAAAAGGACAUGGAUGACUUCAGGAAAAAUGGGAGCCCCGAGAUGCCCUUCUACCCUCCAGUCGUGUACCCCAUCCGGGCCCCUCUGCCAGAAGACUUCUUCAAAGCUUCUCUGACCUACGGGAUGGAGAGGCCAACGUACAUCACUCAGUCCCCCAUUCCAUCCUCCACCACGCCAAGUCCCUCAGCAAGAAGCAGUCCUGACCAAAGCCUCAAAAGCUCCAGCCCUCACAGCAGCCCCGGGAACACGGUGUCACCUCUGGCUCCCAGCUCCCAGGACCACCGGGACUCUUAUGCCUACUUGAACCCACCCUAUGGCAGCGAAGGCCUGGGCUCCUACCCUGGAUACGUACCUCCCCACCACCUCCCACCAGCGUUCAUCCCCUCAUACAACACUCACUACCCCAAGUUCCUUUUGCCCCCCUAUGGCAUGAAUUGUAAUGGCCUGGGCUCCGUGAGCAACAUCAAUAACUUCGGCCUCUUCCCAAGGUUGUACCCUGUCUACAGUAAUCUCCUCAGCGGGGGCAGCCUGCCUCACCCCAUGCUCGCCCCAGCCUCACUCCCAAGCUCACUGCCUUCGGAAGGAGCCCGGAGGCUGCAUCAGCCAGAACAUCCCAGAGAGGUGCUUGUCCCUACGCCCCACAGUGCCUUCACCCUCACCGGAGUUGCAGCCAGCAUGAAGGACAAGGCAUGCAGCCCCACCAGUGGGUCUCCGACAGCGGGCACAGCUGCCACAUCCGAACACGUGGUGCAACCCAAAGCUACCUCAGCGGCAAUGGCGGUGCCCAGCAGUGAAGAAGCCAUCAAUCUCAUUAAAAACAAAAGAAACAUGACCGGCUACAAGACACUUCCCUACCCUUUGAAGAAGCAGAAUGGCAAGAUCAAGUACGAAUGUAAUGUCUGUGCUAAGACUUUCGGCCAGCUCUCUAACCUGAAGGUCCACCUCAGAGUGCACAGUGGAGAGCGACCUUUCAAAUGUCAGACUUGCAACAAGGGCUUCACUCAGCUCGCCCACCUGCAGAAACACUACCUGGUCCACACAGGAGAAAAGCCACACGAAUGCCAGGUUUGCCACAAGCGAUUCAGCAGCACCAGCAAUCUCAAGACCCACCUGCGCCUCCACUCCGGAGAGAAACCUUACCAGUGCAAGGUGUGCCCUGCCAAGUUCACCCAGUUUGUGCACCUGAAACUCCAUAAGCGCCUACACACCCGGGAGCGGCCCCACAAGUGCGUCCACUGCCACAAGAGUUACAUCCAUCUCUGCAGCCUCAAGGUGCAUCUCAAGGGGAACUGUCCUGUGGCGCCGGCCACCGGGCUGCCCUUGGAGGACCUGACCCGCAUCAACGAGGAGAUCGAGAAGUUUGACAUCAGCGAUAAUGCCGACCGGCUGGAGGACAUGGAGGACAACCUCGAUGUGGCCUCUCUGGCGGAGAAAGACAUUCUGGCCGCCGUCCGGAAAGAGAAAGAAGAAACUGGUCUGAAAGUGUCUUUGCAGAGAAACCUGGGGAAUGGACUCCUCUCAGGGUGUGAUCUUUACGAGUCCCCUGACCCACCUCUCAGCAAGUUGCCUCACAGUAACCCACUACCUCUGGUGCCUGUAAAGGUCAAACAAGAAACCGUCGAACUGAUGGAUCCUUAAGAUUUUCAGAAAGUGGAAAAAAAAAAGUGUUUUUUUUUUUUUUGUCUGUUUGUUUGUUUCUUAACUUAUGACUUGGCAGAGUCAGGGUGCCUGUAGCCACUUAACCUGUAUAUAAUUCCAGUCCUGCAAAGCUCUCCUGACAGACGGUUUCCCCUCACCUUUCUGGAAGGAAAGAACUCCCAAGUUACUGAAAUCUCAGGGCAUAAAACAAGGCAAAGACCAUUAUAUACAUAUUAUAUAUACUUAUUUACGCCAUCUUCUAUAUGUUUGAACCUGUGUAUUUGGAAUAUUUGUGUGGAUAUGUUUGCAUAGCCUUCCCAUCAUAAGAACUAUUGUCUAGCCAUAAUUAUUUUUUCAAUGGUAAUUCUUCAUAAUUUAUUAUGCAAUUUAUUAUUCAGAAAGCAAUAAUUAAAAAGUUUACAAUGACUGGAAGAAUUUCUCCUAAUUUGAGUACAAAUGUUAUAUAGUUUGUGUCUUGUAGCCAUUCUUUGUAGAUAAUUUCUGCACCUCUGUUUAAGUACCAAAAAUCAAGUAGGAUUUAGUAAGCAGAUAUGUGAGUUCAGUCCACCACCCUAUGGAAUAAUGGCUUGAAAAAUGAGGUUUUUGAUGUCACCUAAGUCAGUCAGUUGUUGUGUUAUUAGAUUAGAGGAGCUUAGGGUUUGAAGGACAUUGUAGGACUUGAGGAUGCACAUGCAAAAUCACCCAGUAAGAACUUCAGGCGGAGAAAUAAUAAAGGGACUCUCGUAUUUUAGUUGCUUGUAGUAGAUUUCACCUCCCCUACCCACCCCCAGCCACUGAUUUACCAGAAAAACAACAACGCUUUGCCAACCUAUCUCCAACUCAAAAAAAAAAAAAAACAGGGCCCCAUUCACCCCCAAAGUUAAGUGACUUUUUCAUCCCCAUGUAUUAUACAAAAAAUGUGAAGAAGACAAAAUGCCAUGUUUAAAACCACUGCAAAACGUUGCCCAGAGCACAGGUGUUUUUGUGUGUAUGAGGUUUGGGGGUUUGAGUCUGGGUAUUGCCUUUGUUGUUGGUUUAUUUUUGUUAUUGUUGUUAUGUCAGAAUUGCACAAACAUGGUGCUCUACCAAGAAGGAUUUGAGGUCGCAGACCACAAUUUUAACCAAGAGCUGAAAAAAAAAAAAAAAAAAAAGACGGGUAUUCUCGUUCUCUGCGGGUAAAAGCGGGUAAUGAACAUUCCUAUCCCUGACACAUCAAUCCUACUUCUUUUUUCUGUAAGACUCAGAUUUUCCUCAGUAUUUGUGUUUUUGCAUUUUAUUUUAUAAGUAACUUAAUUGAAGGUGAAAGGGCAUUGCAAAGUUGUUCGGCAACAAUUACCUCAUGGAGUGAGUCCAGUAGUGCAGGAAGUGAUGUCUAACCUAGGGAUCUGCUACACCAGACUUUUGAAAAACCUAAGUGUUCUGGACAGAAUAUGCGCUGUUUUAUCUUCUACUCUGCUCAGCCCAAAGAGGACAAGAUGGCAUUCAAGGUGUAGCAAAGAAUGAUGUAUAUUUAUAAAUCUAUUUAUACCACUAGUCCGUGUGUGUGUGUGUGUGUGUGUGUGUAUAUAUAUAUAUAUAUAUACAUAUAUACGUAUAUAAUAUAAUAUAUAUUUAUAACCACUUAAAUUGUGAGCCAAACCAUGUAAAGGAACCUACUUUUCCUAAGGCAAAAACGAAAAAUCAAACCCUUUCUGAGACUUUGGUUAAUACUUGAUGACCUCAUCAUCACACCAGUGAGCUUCACACCUCCUUGCUAUUAAGAGACCCUAAAAUCUUGAUGCCAAGGUGGGGGCCAUGUCACAACAAGAGAGAGAUACAUCCCUUUUUGCUUCAAAGGACAAUCUAAGGCGGCUUGUUUUUGUUCCGCCACCUUAUAAUUAUGUGGUCACGCCCAAGUCACAGAAAUAAAAAUCCCAUCAUUACUCCCUUUGCUAUCAUAACUUGUCUCUCUACUGCUCCCUCCUUCCUAAAAACAGAAAAAAACAGAAAACUAGUGUAGCACUACUCGAUCUACUUUAUAUUACUUAGUAUUUUCUUCACAGUAACUACUGUCAAUCCGCCAAGAACAAAAAAAAAAUAAAAAUAAACAAACUUAAAAGUUAUCCAGGGAACCCUAGAAGCCUUAUUGAUCAGUUCUUGUAACAGAACUGACAAUCUUUUAUCUCUUGAGUGUCUGAUAAAUGUGAUCCUUAAUUGUAAUAAACCAAAGCAUCACUCUGGCCUUGACACAAGUAUUUUCUAUUCCCAACUGGUCAUUUGUUAUCUUUUCCUCUGAAGAUUUUUACAGCAACCUCUCCAGUGGCUUGAGGAUUCUCACUUCUCUUUGCUGUCUGACUUUCUUAAGCCUCUUACAUGAGAAUGUUGAGCCCACAAUGAACAGUGGUUUUAUAUAUUUUUUUUCCUCUACUCAAAAAGUUAAAACUGACCAAAGUAUUGGCUUUUUACAUUGCUAGAACAACAAACUAUCUUAUGUUUACGUACUGGUUUACAUUGUUAUUUAUGUGCAAAUUGUCAAAAUGUAAAUUAAAUAUAAAUGUUCAUGCUUUA